AUCAACAUACCGAGGAUCAAAGCAGCACGGAAAUUCUCAGAUUAGACGAAUUAUCUCGGACUUCUCUUUUUGAUUUCGAUUCCUGUCCUUUUGUACAACCCACUUGAAUUAAGAUGUCUUCGAAGCGUAUCCCAAAGAAAGAUUUACCCGACGAUGAAGCCUUAGACGAAGUAAAUAAACACAUCAAAGACGCUUUCGACAUUCUGAAGCGUGAGACGAACAAGCUUCGCAAGGAAAGAAAUGCGUUUGACGAGGUGGCAAAGAAGCUCGAGCAUGUUCAUUUCUCGACCAUGCUGAAACUCAACGUCGGAGGCCAUUUUUUCUCCACAAGUUUGGCGACUAUGACUAAAGAUCCAGGGUCCAUGUUACAUGCCAUGUUUUCAGGCAGAUUUGACACAAAACCUGGCGAAGAUGGAUCUUACUUCAUCGAUCGAGACGGAACACACUUCCGACAUAUCUUAAAUUAUCUUCGCACUGGGAAACUCGUCUUACCGGACGAUAAAGUCGUUCGCAAGGAGUUGUUAAGCGAGGCGGAAUUCUAUCAAAUCGAUGGAAUACUCGAUGAGUUGAAAGCAAAUCCGUUUAAAGAUUCUGCAAUUCUCUCUUCAGAACAGCGCGAAACCCUGGUAGACUGGUUGAAAGACACUCGCGAAAGCUUAGGCGACGAUUACGUGUUGUUAUACCGAGCUUCUCGCAAUGGAUGGGCCGCCUCUAACUUCCACUCCUGUUGUGAUAACAAAGGACCAACAGUUACAGUGAUAAAGAGCGGAAAUUACAUAUUUGGAGGAUAUACUGAGCAGCCAUGGCAAUCAUCAAAUACUGCAUCGUACAAAAGAGCACCAGGUUCUUUCCUGUUCAGCCUUGUCAAUGCCAGUGGCUUGCCACCAACAAAGAUGCCUUUGAUAGAUGGUAAGGAAGGAAAUGCCAUCUACUGCUACAGUAGCUAUGGUCCAGUAUUUGGAGGUGGACAUGAUCUUUGCGUUCCAAAUAGUCCAAAUUCCUCCAACUGCUCCGUUAACCUUGGAAAUACAUACCAGUGCCCAGCAGGUCAGAAUGGUAACCUUUUCUUAACAAGAAGUCAAACCUUCGUUGUGAAUGAAAUGGAAGUUUUUGUGUUCGAAAAUACGUCGUCGAAGCGUAACUCAGAGAAAGAUUUACCCGGCGAUGAAGCCUUAGACGAAGUAAAUAAACACAUUAAAGACGCUUUCGACAUUCUGAAGCGUGAGACAAACAAGCUUCGCAAGGAAAGAAAUGCGUUUGACGAGGUGGCAAAGAAGCUCGAGCAUGUUCAUUUCUCGACCAUGCUGAAACUCAACGUCGGAGGCCAUUUUUUCUCCACAAGUUUGGCGACAAUGACAAAAGAUCCAGGUUCCAUGUUUCAUUCCAUGUUUUCAGGCAGAUUUGACACAAAACCUGGCGAGGAUGGAUCUUACUUCAUCGAUCGAGACGGAACACACUUCCGAUAUAUCUUAAAUUACCUUCGCACUGGGAAACUCGUCUUACCGGACGAUAAAGUCGUUCGCAAGGAGUUGUUGAACGAGUCAGAAUUCUAUCAAAUCGAUGGGAUACUCGAUGAGUUGAAAGCAAAUCCGUUUAAAGAUUCUGCAAUUCUCUCCUCAGAACAGCGUGAAAUCCUGGUAGAUUGGUUGAAGGACACACGCGAAAGCUUAGGCGACGAUUACGUGUUGUUAUACCGAGCUUCUCGCAAUGGAUGGGCCGCCUCUAACUUCCACUCCUGUUGUGAUAACAAAGGACCAACAGUUACAGUGAUCAAGUAUGGAAACUACAUAUUUGGAGGAUAUACUGAGCAGUCAUGGCAAUCGUCAAAUACUGCAUCGUACAAAAGAGCACCAGGUUCUUUCCUGUUCAGCCUUGUCAAUGCCAGUGGCUUGCCACCAACAAAGAUGCCUUUGAUAGAUGGUAAGGAAGGAAGUGCCAUCUACUGCCACAAUAGCCGUGGUCCAGUAUUUGGAGGUGGACAUGAUCUUUGCGUUCCAGAUUCUCCAAAUUCCUCCAACUGCUCCGUUAACCUUGGCAUUACAUACCAGUGCCCAGCAGGUCAGAAUGGUAACCUUUUUUUAACAGGAAGUCAAUACUUCGUUGUGAAUGAAAUGGAAGUUUUUGUGUUCAUGUCGACGAAGCGUAACUCAAAGAAAGAUUUACCCGGCGAUGAAGCCUUAGACGAAGUAAAUAAACACAUCAAAGAAGCUUUCGACAUUCUGAAGCGUGAGACGAACAAGCUUCACAAGGAAAGAAAUGCGUUUGACGAGGUGGCAAAGAAGCUCGAACAUGUUCAUUUCUCGACCAUGCUGAAACUUAACGUCGGUGGCCAUUUUUUCUCCACAAGUUUGGCGACUAUGACUAAAGAUCCAGGUUCCAUGUUACAUACCAUGUUUUCAGGCAGAUUUGACACAAAACCUGGCGAGGAUGGAUCUUACUUCAUCGACCGAGACGGAACACACUUCCGACAUAUCUUAAAUUAUCUUCGCACUGGGAAACUCGUCUUACCGGACGAUAAAGUCGUUCGCAAGGAGUUGUUAAGCGAGGCGGAAUUCUAUCGAAUCGAUGGGAUACUCAAUGAGUUGAAAGCAAAGCCGUUUAAAUGUAGUUUCGUAAGCGCGAUGCUAAUCGAAUAUCGUCCUCUUCUUACUCUAUGCCAAAAAUCGCUCGUAAUCUUUUUCUAUAUUCUUGGAGCAUAG